CUUCCCCGAGCCACUGAGCAGGAGCUGAAACGCAGAACCCCAAGAGCUUGGAAUUCAGCUCUGCACACUCCUCCACCCCAAGGACCCUUGGGAUGAUGUGUGGGGGGAGGGUGCUGAGGCAGACCAGGGCACCUUUGCUCCAUCAGUCCAGGACUCUUGUGGUGGUGCAGGCCUCACAGCCCAAGAUGAUGGCCUACGGAGAGAGGCUGGGGAGUCCAGCUGUCUCCCCGCUCCCAGUCCACAGGGGGCACAUGAUACGAGGGGCUGCCUUUGCCUACGUGCCCAGUCCGCCGGUCCUGCACAGGGUCCCCGGAAGCUCUGCCUACACCUUCUCCAGCCUGGGCCCUGUGGCCCUCACAGAGCACAGCUGUUCCUAUGGGGAGGUCCUGGAGCUCCAUGACCCACUGCCUGCCAAGCGAGGCCUGGAGGAGGAGCAGAAGCCAGAUCCCGGGCUAAUCUCAAAGCUGCGCCACGCUGGCACCACGCUGCUCAAGGUGCCACUGAUGCUCGCCUUCCUCUACCUCUUUGUCUGCUCCCUGGAUGUGCUCAGCUCGGCCUUCCAGCUGGCUGGAGGGAAGGUGGCUGGUGACAUCUUCAAGGACAACGCCAUUCUGUCCAACCCAGUGGCUGGGCUGGUGGUGGGGAUCCUGGUGACAGUGCUAGUGCAGAGCUCUAGCACCUCUACAUCCAUCAUCGUCAGCAUGGUAUCGUCUGGCUUGCUGGAGGUGAGCUCUGCCAUCCCCAUCAUCAUGGGCUCCAACAUUGGAACCUCUGUCACCAACACCAUUGUGGCCCUGAUGCAGGCAGGGGAUCGGACUGACUUCCGGCGGGCCUUCGCGGGAGCUACCGUGCAUGACUGCUUUAACUGGCUGUCUGUUCUGGUCCUGCUGCCCCUGGAGGCUACUACAGGCUACCUGUACCAUGUCACUGGAUUCGUGGUGGCCUCCUUCAACAUCCGUGGUGGGCGUGAUGCCCCUGAUUUGCUCAAAAUCAUCACGGAGCCCUUCACAAAGCUCAUCAUUCAGCUGGACAAGUCUGUGAUCACCAGCAUUGCCACUGGGGAUGAGUCCCUGAGGAACCACAGUCUUAUCCGGAUCUGGUGCCACCCAGACCCCAUGGAGGUUGAGUCCCAGGCCUGGCCUCAGGUUCCCACCUCCAUCUCCAUGGCAGAAGCCAAUACCAGUCAGAGCCCUGGAAAUGCCACCAUGGAGAAAUGCAACCACAUCUUCGUGAACACAGGGCUGCCUGACCUGGCUGUGGGGCUCAUCCUGCUAGCUGGCUCCCUGGUGCUCCUGUGCACCUGCCUCAUCCUUCUCGUCAAGAUGCUCAACUCCCUGCUCAAGGGCCAGGUGGCUAAGGUCAUCCAGAAGGUUAUCAACACUGACUUCCCUGCCCCCUUCACUUGGGUCACGGGCUACUUUGCCAUGGUGGUGGGUGCUGGUAUGACCUUCGUUGUCCAGAGCAGUUCUGUGUUCACCUCAGCCAUCACCCCACUCAUCGGACUGGGCGUGAUCAGCAUUGAGCGGGCCUACCCCCUCACACUGGGCUCCAACAUUGGCACCACCACCACUGCUAUCCUGGCAGCACUGGCCAGCCCCAGGGAGAAGCUCUCCAGUUCAUUCCAGAUUGCCCUCUGCCACUUCUUCUUCAACAUCUCGGGCAUCCUUCUGUGGUACCCGGUACCCUGCACGCGCCUGCCCAUCCGCAUGGCCAAGGCGCUGGGCAAACGCACUGCCAAGUACCGCUGGUUUGCUGUCCUCUACCUCCUCGUGUGCUUCCUGCUGCUGCCCUCACUGGUGUUUGGCAUUUCCAUGGCUGGCUGGCAGGCCAUGAUAGGUGUGGGUGCACCCUUUGGGGCCCUGCUGGCCUUUGUGGUGCUCAUCAGCAUCCUGCAGAGUCGGAGUCCUGGGCACUUGCCCAAGUGGCUGCAGACAUGGGACUUCCUGCCUCGCUGGAUGCACUCCCUGCAGCCCCUGGACCGCCUCAUCACCCGUGCCACCUUGUGCUAUGCCAGGCCUGAGCCCCUCUCACCCUCACUGCCCACCAGGGUCUUCCUGGAGGAGCUGCCCCCUGCCACACCCUCCCCCCGCCUUGCACUGCCUGCUCACCACAGUGCCACUCGCCUCUAGGUCCAGACCACUACCUGGAGUGGGGAAGGGCCUGUGCAUGGAGCCUAGGACAGCAGGGGUGCAUGGAGGUGCCCAUGUGUCUGUGCCACCCUGGGUGCUAGUCUUACUUUGUGUGGGUCCACAGAGGUCUGGGCAUGCAUAGGUGUCCACCUACCCCUGUGCCUAAGCUUGUGUUUAGGCACACAUACGUACCAGCCUAUGUGUGUGCACAGACACACCUAUGGGAGGCUGUGUGCAGAGGGCAGGGUAUCUGGGUAGGAUUUUGGGUCUUCACACGUGUGUGUGGAGGCCUGCGCUGUGUCCUCGUGUACACACGACUAUAAUGAGCAGGAAUGAGAGUGGGUCUGCAUGAGUGGCUGUGCAGCUGUGUGCUUGUGCACAGAUAUGGAUGCCCGAGUCACCCUCCCUGCCACCCUCCCCUUCCAUAAUACCUUCUCAUCCUCACCCAGGCCUACAGCACCACCAUGAUGGCCCCCUUUCCCAACACUGCCUGAUUUAAAAAAAGAAGAAUUAAACCCUCCUUAUGCA